AUGACGUUGCCAGCAAAUUUCAAAUUUAAAUCAACUGAGGACCCUAAAGUCAUUGAACAAUUGUAUGCCUUAUGUGGUACUGAAUGGGGUGGCAAAUUGACUCCCGAGCAGUUUGGUGCUGCACAAGUCAAGGGAAACUUUAAAUAUGUUGAAGAAGGUGGUAGAAUCUUGUCGUAUUACAUUGAAGAUACUACUACUGGAACCAUUGUUGCCACUACAUCAGUAAAAUUUUGCAAAGCCUUCUACAAGCCAGCAGAUAGAUCUAGUGCAAUUUCAUCGAUUCCAGAUCCGUCGCUUUUUGGAGUAAACAACGCGACUGCUCUAUUGAUUAGUUUUGUUUUCACUCAUAAGGAUUAUCGUAAAUUGGGAUUGGCUGGCCAAUGUGUCAGUAAGGCAAUUGAGACAACCGAGAAAUUGAUUAUUAAAGAGAAGGUGGACUCCAGUGAUGAAUCUGUUGCUGAUAAUUUCAAGAAAAUGACAAUUGCUGAUGGAACCAAUGAAACAGAUUUGCAAUUGGCAAACUAUUAUUUGAGCAAAGAGUACAUUUGGAUAUUAUAUUCUGGUGUUAAUACUUAUUAUGAACGAUUUGGAUUCAAGUCAUUCCCCAUGGAUUUUUAUGAAGUGCCAAAUACAUUGUUGACCAGCGAUGUCGAGUCUGCUAUUGAAAAAUUGAUUAAGGAAUCGAAAGAAGAGAAACAACUGCCUUCAGGAAAGACUAUCAGAUUGUUGUUGCGUGAUAACCCUGCCGACCAAGAGAUUGUUCAGUUUAUUUUGCAGAAUAAAGAAUUGAACAUUGUAACUGAAAUCAACAAAUUACAGUUUCAUCUGAAUUUGCAAAGCGACAGAAAAUCAUCCACUUCUUUGACGAAUAUGACGAACAUCUUAUCAAUGUCAAAAUUAGGGUCAAGCACGGGGUUGUCUUCAGUGACGGAAACAAAUGCCGCAACCGCAUCUUCUUCUUCGCAAGGGUCUCCAGGGGUGAGAAGAAAAUCAAGUGUCCACCACCAGACAAUCCCAAAAUUUGCUAUCAAACCUACCUAUGCUCAUUAUCAGUCCAAUGCUACUGUAACCAAGGAAAUGUUUGAUAAUUUCAGUGAGGUUUCCCAAAAGUUUGCCAAUAUACAAGGGGCAAUAGUUACAAAUGAAGUGCAACAAAGAUCGUAUUAUGCCUUGUGGAGUCCAUUGAAAGGCCAGUUUUUUAUUACUGGAAUGGGAGAGAUACAAUUCCAGGGAAUUCCUAGCAGUUUGCCAGCAAAUCGUCCUAGGCGGGCAUCCUCAUUGAGUGGAAUCAACGAAUUGGGUGGCUAUAAUUUCAAGGAUUUGGAAGUAUUGGUUUUCACUGCUCUUCAUGUUGCUAAGAAUUGCGAUGCUCAGCUCGACAAGGUACAUAUUUCAGUUAAUGAUUUACCCGAAGAAAUCCCCGAUCCAGUUAUGUAUGACUUUUUUAUAAACUAUCUCCCAGCAUCUAUUCACGAGUCAGGAGACGCUAAAGAAGAAGUUAAGGCUGAUGUAAAAUUGUUAACUGAUGCUGCUCAUUCCAUACAUGUUUUGCCAAUGGUAAGAAAAUUUGGAAGCCGGAAACCUGAGUUUGACUUGGAUUGGGUUGCAGAUGGUAUGUGGUGUUGGGGUUAG